AUGCAAGUAGCAAGUUUCUUUGCAUUAUGCAUAUUUGUGCAGCGCGGAUAUCGGACGACUAAGCAGUGGCGCUGGCAUCAGGCGAAGAGCUCCUCAUUUAUAAAAUCAAAAUUCAAAGGAAACAACAUGAAUUCAUCAUUGAAAGACUCUGAUUCUAAAACGACGUCGACCCAGAAUGGUAGCACCAACGAUUCUGAAAACGAAAAUGACGAAAAUUCGUUGAAAAUCGGCGAUACUUACUUGAUAAAGCGACACGACAACACGUGGCAUAAUGCUGAGAUUGUGCAGACAAGAAAGAAUGAACAAGACGGAGGGAAAAAGGAGUACUAUGUACAUUACAAAGGACUCAAUCGACGUAUGGAUGAAUGGGUGGGGAAAGAGAAGGUGAACGUUCAACAGCUUCCCCAGGAGAGGCAGAAAUCGGAGACUGGGGACUCUCUGGAUGAUUCAGACAGAAAGAUCACCAGAAACCAGAAGAGAAAACACGACGAGAUCAACCAUGUUCAGAAGAGCUAUGCAGAGAUGGAUCCAACAACGGCUGCAUUGGAAAGAGAGCAUGAAGCUAUAACCAAAGUGAAGUAUGUCAACAGGGUACAGAUUGGCAAGUACGAGAUAGACGCUUGGUAUUUCUCACCGUUCCCUGAUGACUACGGGAAGCAACCCAAGCUGUGGAUAUGUGAAUACUGCCUCAAAUACAUGAGAUUUGAGAAAACCUUCAGAAAACACCUGGGUGAUUGUCAAUUGAAGCAGCCCCCAGGAAGAGAGAUCUACAGAAGAGGCUCGGUCUCUGUGUAUGAAGUCAAUGGAAAAGACCAUAAGCUGUACUGUCAAAACAUGUGCUUACUUGCCAAGCUCUUCCUCGAUCACAAGACGCUUUACUUUGAUGUCGAGCCGUUCCUCUUCUAUAUCCUGACAGAGGUCGACCGAAAUGGUGCUCAUCUCGUCGGCUUCUUCUCAAAGGAGAAAGAAUCCCCAGAUGGUAACAACGUAGCUUGUAUUCUAAUCCUACCGCCGUUCCAGAGGAAAGGAUAUGGCAAACUCCUUAUUGCAUUCAGUUAUGAGUUGUCAAAGUUAGAGAACUGUGUUGGAUCACCGGAGAAACCACUGUCUGAUCUUGGAAAGCUAAGCUAUCGAAGCUACUGGUCUUGGGUCCUACUGGAGAUUCUAAGGGACUUCAAGGGAACAUUGUCAAUCAGAGAUUUAAGUCAAAUGACGAGUAUCACCCAACCCGACAUCAUCAGCACCCUACAAGCCCUGAACAUGAUCAAGUACUGGAAGGGGCAGCACGUGAUCUGUGUCACCCCGAAGCUGGUCGAGGAACACCUGAAGAGCGCCCAGUACAAGAGACCCAGGCUGACUGUGGACAGUAGCUGCCUGAGGUGGCAGGCCCCAAAGAAACCUCAACUGCACUCCAGAGGGCAGAAGAUGAAGAAAUGAUGGAUGGACUUUGUGGAUAUCGUAAAAGAUCAGUACUGUCUGCUAAGAAAUGUUAGUGCUAACAACGUGCUAACAGAGGCCCAGUUACAACCGGUUAUUUUGCAGCAGUUCCUUGAUGUCAGACCAGCACGUUAUGACAUCUUGGAUCAACUUUCGAUAUCACAGUCCGAAAGAUGUGACUUGGCCUGUACUGUUAGUACCCUGUCAGUGCUAACGUUUCAGUGCGCCCGGUACAAUUGUUCAGUGAGCUGA